UGCAGCGGCACCAAGGGCACCGCGCCGAUGUGGAUCGUUGUCCUCAGCACCGUCACCGCUGCCAUGGCCCAGGAAGACCUUUACAGAAAGGUGUUUGUGUUCCGGAAGGACCCCAGCGACGCCUACGUGCUGCUGCAGGCGCAGCCGGAGCACCCCCUGCUCAACUUCACCGUGUGCCUGCGCUCCUACACCGACCUCACGCGGCCCCACAGCCUCUUCUCCUACGCCACCAAAGCUCAAGACAACGAAAUCCUCCUCUUCAAACCCAAACCCGGCGAGUACCGCUUCUACGUCGGGGGGAAAUACGUCACCUUCCGCGUCCCCGAGAACCGCGGGGAGUGGGAACACGUCUGCGCCAGCUGGGAGUCGGGCAGCGGCAUCGCCGAGUUCUGGCUGAACGGACGCCCGUGGCCCCGCAAAGGGUUGCAGAAGGGCUACGAGGUGGGCAACGAGGCCGUGGUGAUGCUGGGGCAGGAGCAGGACGCCUUCGGGGGAGGCUUCGACGUCUAUAAUUCGUUCACGGGGGAGAUGGCGGACGUCCACCUGUGGGAUGCAGGGCUGUCCCCCGAUAAGAUGCGCUCCGCUUACCUGGCGCUGAGGCUGCCGCCGGCGCUGCUGGCCUGGGGACGCCUCCACUACGAGGCCAAGGGGGACGUGGUGGUGAAACCACGGCUGCGUGAGGCGCUGGGGGCCUGAGACCCUCAAGCUGUUUCCCUUUGCUGUCUCCAUCCUCGCUGUCCUCUCCACAUGGCGUCGCCCGCUCGGCUCAGCCGUGGGGAUGUGAUGCAUGGAGAGAUGGGGACACCCCCAGCCCCGGGUCGCCCCUCUCCUGCUGAGUCCCCACGGCACGCAGCGCCGGCCCCAUCCCUGCCCUGGGAUCCUCGUCCUCCCCCUGCAGCAAAA